AUGCCGUCGUCAAAAGAGGAGCUCGGCAAGCCCGGACUCACCAAUGCGUCCUCGACGAUCAUCACGAAAGUCGCGGUAACUGGCGAAGGCGUCGCUCGCGUCUGCAACGCCCUCGCCGUCAACAUGUCCAAGCAACUGCUACGCAUAAAGGCUCCGAGUAAACCCGAUGACAUUCCGGUCAACAUCGUCUUCUCGCCUCUGUCUGUGGGCUCGGCUCUGUCCAUGCUGCUCGCCGGGACGAGCGGUUCCACGUCAGGGCAGCUGGCCUCCGCUCUCGGUGGCGCCGACGUCAGAACGGUGCACGAGCACUUUAGGCACGUCUUCAACGAGCUUGGUCACACGGACGAUCACAUAACAAUUAGCCUGGCCAACCGACUGUACGCCGACGAUCGGUUUCGGCCGCUGGGCAGAUACCAGACCACGCUGAACCGGUGCUACGCGAGCACCGUCGCGACAGAGAGCUUCCACGAGGACGCCGAAGCGUGCAGGUCCAGCAUCAACGCUUGCGUCGAGCGUACCACGUGCCUCUGCAUAAAGGAAUUACUUCCACAAGGCAGCCUCGAUCCCAGCACACAACUUGCGCUUGUCAGCGCCCUCUAUUUCAAAGCACGAUGGAACACCCCGUUCGACCCGUGCCGCACCGUCCCUGGCGACUUCCACGAGUGUCGCACACGGGUUGUGCGCACUCGAAUGAUGUCGGGUGACGCGCCCGCACGUCUCAACCGCUACUGCGACGGCCUCGUUGGACACGCUCUUGACGUGGCCUACAAGGGCAGCGGCGGCCGCUUUUCGAUGACGCUAAUAGUACCGGACCAGGUGGACGGGCUCGACGAACUCGUCAACUCGCUGACGACCGAGCACCUGGACGGGAUUCUGAGAGGGUUCGAUCCCGAACAGGACAUGCAGCUGGAGCUUCCGCGCUUCAAGGUAGAAGAUACGACAGAUCUGAAGGUGGUGCUACAGGCAAUGGGCGUCAAAGACCUGUUUGAUCCACUCGUGGCUGAAUUUCCCGGCUUCGCGAUGAGAGGGGACACCUCCAAGGAGAGCAGCACCGGCAUCGUGCCGGUCAAGACACUAGCCCUCUCGGUUGCCGUUCACAAGGCCUUCAUCGACGUCAACGAAGAAGGCACCGAGACCGCCCCGCCAAAGGACGUCCGGGUAACGCCUGGAAGUUUCAUCACGGACCCGCAUCGGUUCCGGGUCGACCGACCCUUCUACUUCCUGAUACGGUGCCACAAUCCAGAAGCGAUCAUGUUCACCGGUUGCGUGCGCCACGUUCAGCCGCUUUAGCGGCAAUUUUUUCUUGAGUGAAAAAGUAAAGCCAACGAACUUAAUUUCGAACA